UAAUGCACAUAGGUAUACAUCACAACUGGGGUGCUUUACUCUUUAAAUAAAUAGAGCAUGGGUAGAUUCGUUUGCGCAAUGCUCAACAUAUCUCAUGUCUCUCCACCAAUGCUUCCAAACAAGGUAGCUCACCACUUAAUCUAAACAUAAGCCUCUUUUCUUGAAAUCAUUACAUGCAAAGGUCAUGACUAGAACUGCUUAAACUCACCCAAGGCUUCAGUGAGAAACAUAAUAAGACACAUAAUGACCAUUUCAAGUCAGACAUCAUGCCUGAUUCUAUUAAUAUAAUUAUAUUUAUCUGCUUUGUCAGCUUUUCUGUAUAAAUUUGACAAUGUUAUUAAUAUUGAAAAGUAGAAUAAUAAAUGCAUACAAAUGUUGUUUUUAGUGGGUCUCAUUGACGGCUAACAAUUAAGAUGAGAUCACAAGACUAAACCUUUAAUCAUGACAUUUAAUUCUAGCAUGCAAUUAUUUUUUAUUUACAUACAGAUUUUAUAUAAAGUAAUAAGAAUGAAAAGCUUUUCCUAAAAUAUGAGACUACAAAAUUGCAAUGCUUAUUAUACACCAGACAACAAUUUCAGUUUUUAAAUGAAAUACAGUGCUGUGCAUUCUCACUCUGAACUGACAAGUGAUAGUUUCUUAAUAUAAAAAUGUCAAAUGUCAAAAGAGUGUCAAGAUCCAAACCUUCACAUGUGAUUAACUCAACACUGAUUAUGUCUACUCUUAUCAUUCAAAUCCCACAUUGCAACACCCUCUCCACCUUAUGCUCCUGGAUUUAUCCCUUAAAAGGAACCUCAGACAGAUAUAUAACAACUCCUUAACAAAUAAAUAGCAGUUCCACCACAGUAGAUUUGCAUCCUCUGCCUGGUCUGGAUCACUAGUGGGCAAAGAUAAAUGGCACUGAGGGAAACAACUUCUACGUCCCCUUGUCCAACAGGACAGGUCUAGUGAGGAGUCCUUACGAGUAUCCUCAGUAUUAUCUAGCUGAACCAUGGCAGUUUAAAUUGCUUGCUGUCUACAUGUUCUUUCUCAUCUGUUUGGGUCUACCCAUCAAUGGCCUUACAUUGAUUUGUACAGCUCAACACAAAAAGCUCAGACAACCUCUCAACUUCAUUUUGGUUAACCUGGCUGUGGCUGGUUCCAUCAUGGUUUGUUUUGGAUUCACGGUCACUUUCUACACAGCAAUUAAUGGCUACUUUGCUCUGGGACCAACUGGCUGUGCGGUUGAGGGCUUCAUGGCCACACUUGGCGGGCAAAUUGCCCUUUGGUCACUUGUGGUGCUGGCUAUCGAAAGAUACAUUGUGGUCUGCAAACCAAUGGGCAGUUUCAAAUUCUCAACUAACCACGCUUUGACAGGAAUUGGAUUUACAUGGGUAAUGGCCUUGUCAUGUGCAGCUCCACCUUUAGUUGGCUGGUCCAGAUAUAUUCCUGAGGGAAUGCAGUGCUCAUGUGGACCAGACUACUACACCCUGAAUCCUGAAUACAACAAUGAAUCAUAUGUCAUCUACAUGUUCGUCUGCCAUUUUAUAUUUCCGGUCACUGUAAUCUUCUUCACCUACGGACGGCUCGUUUGCACAGUCAAGGCGGCUGCAGCUCAACAGCAGGACUCAGCAUCUACCCAAAAGGCUGAGAGGGAAGUGACAAAAAUGGUCAUCCUGAUGGUUUUGGGUUUCUUGGUGGCUUGGACCCCUUAUGCCACUGUUGCUGCCUGGAUCUUCUUCAAUAGGGGAGCAGCUUUCAGUGCCCAGUUCAUGGCUGUUCCUGCCUUUUUUUCAAAGAGUUCAUCCAUAUUUAACCCUAUAAUUUAUGUGCUGCUAAACAAACAGUUCCGGAGCUGCAUGCUGACAACACUUUUCUGUGGAAAGAACCCUCUUGGUGAUGAGGAGUCGUCAACAUUGUCCACCAGCAAGACAGAGGUGUCCUCUGUAACUCCAUCAUAGACUGAACUUCUUUCACGAUUAUUUUCUUUCAGCCAAUGACCAAUUUCGACAUCUUAAAAAAAAGAACAGAAAAAAACAGAGGUGAGUUAGUUGAUGCUUUUCAUUUGGCUGUGUUCACUAUUAUUACCAUUAAAUGAGCUCACAAAUAUAAAGUAUAAUUAAAAUGCCUUUUGGCUGUAAUGGGUUAUCAAUUAACUUUUUUAUGAACUUGGAUGCUAACAUCUUUGGCCUAAAAUGUGUAUAUAUUUUGUAUAUAAUGACCAAAUAGAUAUAAAUAAAUAUUGGCAUUAAAAAUGUCUUUGUUUUCAUUAUGAAGUUAGUCAAAUGAUUGAAAUUAGUUUACCAUUGGCAGAUUGAGCACACUAUAUUUUUAAAUCAAGGUAUUAGAAUGCAAACAAAUACAUCAGUAACACAUCUACAGUAUCUCAGUAAGGCUGGACAUUGCAACAAGGAAAAUUAUUGUCUGCAAUAUUGUGGACAAUGAGAUUUACA